CCAAUAGCAUGGCGAGCUGCCGACGCAUGCUCCUUAUGUGGGUGAACCAGGACGAGGCUCUUUCUUUUAGCGCCCUGCGUGUGCCGGAGGAAAGGCGAGCGCUUCCCCUAUCCUUCCAAGAUGCGUUACAUUGCAGCUUACCUCCUCGCUGUAUUGGGUGGAAAUGAAGCCCCAUCUUCAAAGGAUAUCAAGAAGAUUCUUGAUAGUGUUGGAAUUGAAGCUGAUGAUGAGCGAUUGGACAAGGUGAUCAAUGAACUGAAAGGCAAGAAUGUAGAUGAUGUCAUCAGUGCUGGCAAUGCCAAGCUUGCAAGUGUCCCAAGUGGAGGUGCCGUUGCUGUUAGUGCCACAAGUGCUGCUGCACCAGCUGCAGCUGCUGCUGUUGAAGAGAAGAAAGAGGAGAAGAAGGAAGAGUCUGAAGAAUCAGAUGAUGACAUGGGCUUUGGUCUCUUUGAUUAAAUUGAAAGCUGGCUUAAAAUAAACAGUUAUAAUAUUU